GAUUGACGGUGGUCCAAGAAUUGCCGCUUCAUUCCCAUCUUCAUCCGUCUUUGUGAGCCAUGGUAGCGCUCACUGUUCGCCCGUUCCCGCUCUGAACGACGUGCUGCAACCGUCCUCAUGGAACCUCUGAUGCGUACGUUUCGUGUGCGUGGCGUCCGUACUGCUUGCAUGAGAGAUGGGCCCACAAGCGUGCGAGGGGCAUCGUGCGCUCAAGUGGGAGUGAAGCCUGGAAGAACUGCGCCGCCCUUCCGUCGCCCAUCUGUCAAAGGGUGCUUUUGUGUGUUGGAUUCGAUUGGGGCGCCAUGGCGCAUUUCGUCUGGUCGCCUCGCCCGCAUACAGGCAGGCAGACAGGCAGGUUGGUCUGGGUCUGGGUCUCCUCGCUCUCGUCGGCGAGGCAAAAGCAGAGUUGAGUUGGCCGAAACCAAACGGCGGACGGGCGGCGGCGGGCGGCAGCGGCGGCGGAGCACGACGACGUCGAGGCCAGCACGGACAGAGCGAGCGGGGGCCACAGGACAGCCUACCAGGCAACAUCCUUCUUGCUCUUCUCUCCUUACCAUCCUCCAUCCUACCUAGUAGCCGCUCCUAAACGCUCCUUGGUCCGCACCCUACCUUUACCUUCUCCCUCUCUCCUUCAACCAACACCCUAAGAUGGCCAGCUCUCUCUCGACGCCG